AUGAAGGAUUUAUUGAUUCAACUUCAGAAUAUAUAUAUCGGAUUAAAGGAUAAAAACGAAAUCGCUAUUAUGAAUAAUUAUAUUUGCAAUGCAAAACGUUAUACGCUCAUAUUCACAACUCUUGCCGUUUGUUGUGUAUUUACUACUAGUAUCAUUAUUCUAUCUCCAGGAAUUAUCUGUAUUAUUUUACCUAUAAAUGUGUCUCUAUCAAAUCGCCUGCCGAUUAAAAUGGAAUAUUUUAUCGAUCAAGAAAAGUAUUCUUAUUUUAUUUCAUUACAUAUGAGUAUAGCAAUAUGCAUUGGAACAAUGACAUCGGCAGCGAUAGGAACAAUGUAUGUUACGUUUUUGCAAUAUGUCUGUGGUAUGUUUAGAAUUUCUAGUUUUCGCAUUAAACGCGCAAUGCACAUCAAUAUGCUACAAAAUAUUAAAGCGAAGAAAGGGAAUUUAAUAUUGGAAGGAAUAAUUAGUGCUGUAGAUAUACAUCGUCAAGCUAUGAAAUUAUCCAGACGUUUGCUAUCCACAAUGGAGACAAUGAUGUUUUGUUUAAUAAUGCUUGAGUGAUGACAUUAAGCCUUAAUCUCUUUCGAGUAAGUUGUAUGUUAGUCAUAAGCAGAGUUCGGAUUUUGGUGCCGUUUUCCCUACUACAAGUGCAUGCAAGAGCGCCGCGAAAAGCAGUAUCGUCUAUGCCAGUUUAGUCAUGAUAGCAAAGAGGGCAUGCAAUUCUCUUUUUCUU